AUGGAAGGUUGGGAUCCUCAAGACGAUCCGUUCGAAGAACAUGUCAAUCAUUCUCCAGAUUGUGCUUGGGCAAUUUGUUACUGCUCAAUGAGAAACUUUAAUGAUAAUAAACUACCUUUUAGUUGGGACGAUAAAGAUAAAUUACCAACCUCCAAAAAUAUGGAAGAAGCUAGAAUUAAAACUUUUGGCACUUGGUGGCCUCAUGAUGGCAAGAAAGGUUGGGUUGGUACAAUUAAAAAGAUGGCUAAAGCGGGAUUUAUUUACUCUCCAACAAUCGGUUCUCUCGAUAAUGUAACUUGUCAAUAUUGUGGUGUAGGGUUAGAAGGAUGGGAACAAAAAGAUGAUCCAACUAAAGAACACAAUAAACGAUUUCCUUUGUGUCCAUUCUUCGUUAAGCCACCUUCGAAACCUAAAAAUACGAAAACGAAAAAGUCAAAAGCAACAACAAAAGCUGGUACAACAAAAAGAACAAGAAAGCAGAUUGCAUCGAAAGUUAAAGAUGUGAAAAUUAAGGAAGAAGAAGUGAUAAAUAAUAAUUGUGCUAAUGUUGAUGAUAAUAGUGGACACGAAAUAGUAGUUCCAUAUACAAAUACCUCCGAAUCUUCGGUUCAAGUAGAUCCAAUUGUUACUGAGUCUGUCAAAGAAGUUACCGAACCUUUACAUGAACAGUUGGAGGAAAUACCAAUGGUCGAAGAUCGCUAUGAAAAUUUGAUGGAGGAGCAAAAUAGAAAAUCAUGUGAUUUUAUUCAGAAACGUGAACAAGUAAAUUCAGAAGUGAUUAAUAAUAAUUGUGUUAAUAUCGAUGAUAAUAAUGAUGAUAGUGGACGCGAAAUAGUAAUUCCAUAUGUAAGUACGUCCGUAUCUUCAGUUCAAGCAGAGCCAAUUGCCACUGAGUCUGCCAAGGAGAUUACCGAACCUUUACAUGAGAAGACACAAAUUGUUGAACAUUGUGAAAAUUCAAUGGAGGAACAAAAUAGAGAAUCACAUUGUUCUAUUCAGGAACACGAACAAGUAAAAUCAGAAUUGAUUAACAAUAAUUGUGCCGAUGUUGAUGAUAAUAAUAGACGCGAAACAGUAAUUUCAUAUACAAGUGCCCCUGUAUCUUUGGUCCAAGCAGAGCCAACUACCACUGAGUCUGUCAAUGAGAUUAUCGAAUCUUUACGUGUACAGUUAGAAAAUACACAAAUUGUUGAAAACUCAUCGGAGGAGCAAGAUAGAAAAUCAUAUUGUUUUAUUCAAAAUCAUGAACAAGUAAAUUCAGAAUUUAUUAACAAUAGUUGUGCAGACGUUGAUGAUAAUAGUAGACGCGAAACAGUAAUCCCAUACACAAGUGCCUUCGUAUCUUCAGUUCAAUCAGAGCCAACUAUUACCGAGUCUGCCAAGGAAAUUACCGAACCUUUACAUGAGAAAUCAGAGGAAACACCAAUGAUUGAAGAUCAUUAUGAGAAAUAUGAACAAAUAAAUUCUGACAAUAAUUGUGCCGACGCCGAUGAUAAUAGUGGUCUCGAAUUAGUAAUUCCAUAUACAAGUGCUCCCGUAUCUUUGGUUCAAACAGAGCCAACUAUCACCGAGUCUACCAAAGAGUUUACUGAAUCUUUGUGUGAACGGUUUGAGAAAACACCAAUUUUUGAAUACAAUUUCGAAAAUUUAAUGGAGGAGCAAAAUAGAAAAUCAUAUUUUUUUAUUCAGAAACAUGAACAAAUAAAUUCAGAAUUGAUUAACAAUAAUUAUGCCGAUGUUGAUGAUAAUAGUAGACACAUUGUAGUUCCAUACACAAGUGCCUUUAUAUCUUCGGUUCAAACAGAGCCAACUAUCACCGAGUCUACCAAGGAGAUUACCGAACCUUUAUAUGAACGGUUGGAGAAAACACCAAUUUUUGAUUAUCAUUUCGAGAAUCUAAUGGAGCAAAAUAGAAAAUCAUAUUGUUUUAUUCAUAAAUAUGAGCACAAUAAUUGUGUCGAUGUUGAUAAUAAUAGUAGACGCGAUAUAGUAAUUCCACACACAAGUGUCCCCAUAUUUUCGGUUCCAAUUACCACUGAAUCUACCAGCGAGGUUACCAGAUCUUGGUUUGAGAAAACACCGAUUGUUGAAGAUCAUGAAAAUUUAAUGGAAGAUCAAUUAGCAAAGACAUUAACUGUUGAGAAUUACCUAAAAGAUUUAACAGAACAACAAGAGAGGAUACUAGCAGAGAAGACUAAUCAACUAUUGGACGCUAUCUUAGAAAUUAAAAGGAGAGCAAAAAAUGCAAUCAUGACUAUACCUGUUAAAUAA